GGGCGCCAGAUGGCGCUGCCGGCCUCGGCCGGCGCCGCGGCGGGCGCGGGCCCGCCGCCCGCGUGCCGCUUCUGCCUCGAGGAGGGCGGCGCCGACCUGCUGCGGCCGUGCCUCUGCCGGGGCACGGGCGGGCUCGUGCACCUGGCGUGCCUGGUCCGGCACUUCCUGGCGCAGGGGGACUGGCACAACUUCGCCUGCCCCACCUGCGGCCGGUGCUACGAGGGCCGCGCGCUGCGCGAGCUGGCGGCCCUCUCCCGGGGCCGCGUGGAGGAGGAGCACGGCCCGCAAGCUCCACAGGUCGCCCACUCCGUCUGCUACCUGGCGCAGGCGCACGCCCAGCUCGGGGACGCGGCCAGGUGCAGGGAGCUGCUGGAGACGGCGCUGGCCAUCUCCGAGGCGCACUGGGGCCGCGGGCACGUGGCGACCGCGGCGAUCCUCGCCGAGCUCGCCAGCGCCCACGGGAAGCUGGGGAACGUGCAGGUGCAGAAGGACCUCCUGGAGACGAGCCUGGAGAUCAAGGAGAGGCACUUUGGCGCCGACCACAUCAACACGGCCGUCACCCUGAACAACCUGGCCACGGUGUACCGCGAUCUGGGGGACCUCCCGCGAGAGCUGGCGCUGCUCGAGCGCAGCAUGGAGAUCCAGGAGAGACGCUACGGCAGGGGCAGCGUGGAGACCACCGCGGCAAUGGUGAACUUGGCUGGGGCGUACGGCGAGCUGGGCGACGCGCCGCGGGGCCGCAGGCUGCUGGAGCGCGCCCUGGCCAUCGAGCAGCAGCACUUCGGGGCCGGGCACGUGGAGACGGCCAUCACGCUGAACAACCUGGCGAUGAGCUGCGGGGAGGGCGGCGACACCCAGAGGAUGCUCCGGCUGCUCCAUCAGAGCCUGGCCAUCAAGGAGCGGCACUUCGGCCCGGACCACGGGGAGCUGUGCCUCACCCUCGCCAACCUCGGCAUCGCCUGGGGCGCCGCGGGCGAGGAGGAGGCCGCGCGCGGCUGCUGCUCGCGGGCCCUCCGGGCCUCCGCGCCCGCGCCCGAGGCGCCGAGUGGCCGCCGCCACGGCGCCGUGCUGAUCCGGGCCGCGUCGGUGCGCGCCGCUCUGCUGGAAUGGCCGGAGGCCGAGGAGCUCGCGGGGCUCGCCUCUGCCCGAAGAAGAGAGAGCGGCAUGGAGCACAAGCUUCGGGAGAUCCCGGUCGGUUUUUCUCGGAUCUGCGUCGGGCCCCCCUUCGCGGCACCGCCAGCGCCGCCCUUUGGCGCGCUUUCCGAGCGCCACCCAGACAUCCGGCACUCCAAUUUUGUGGAUGCGUGGGCCCCAAGAGGUCUGGGCAUUUUCCCCAGGGCCUGCUUUUCGUCUUGA